UAUCCUUUUCUCGCCAAAAUUGGUAAACAGAAAAAAAAAGUUUCCUUUUACAGGGCUGGAGUCCGGGGACUUCUUCAACCAACACAUCAAAUAUAGCACCAAAAAAGCAAAGCUCAAAUCAGCAAUCAAAGUGGACUGAUUCUUGGUCUGCUCUGGUAUCGUGUUAAUAUUUGACCCUUCAAAGUUCUGAAACUUGGGAGUUAUUGGAUACUUAGGUUUGAUAUUUGAAGCUUAUGGAUGACUAUACUGAACAGCCACUUCCACCUGGGGUUCUUUCUACGUCAAAAUCUUCGCCACUUGUGCCAACUUUGAAUCCUGCUGGCCAUUUGCCCCAGUCCUUUCAGCAAAUUGCUAAUUCUUGUUACCAUGCUGGCAAUGGCGAUGGAACUCUUUUCCCUGUUGUCCCUUCUAUUCAACCUAGCUCUGAAACUUUUCGUACCUUUGAACACGAGUCUUCUGAGGCUAUACUCAAUACAUUACCGUCCAAUUUGGAAUCUGUUAAUGGAUUUAAGCUGCAGCCACAAAGUGCUAAUGAUCUUGAGAGUGCAACUCAGAAUGCUGUUUUGCAUGAACAGGAAAUUGCUGCACAGAAAGUAAUACAAAGUCAAAGAGAAGCAAGGGAUGCAAGUGGAUCUAAGGAUAAUUCAGAUAUUUUCUCUGGUCGUCAUGACCCAAAUGCUUUAAAGGAGCAUUUACUCCAAAUGACGGCAGAUCAUCGUGUGGAAAUGGCCUUAAAGCGUGGCAAGGCGACACAGCCUGAGCAAGGUAAUGUGGAAAUUGGAAAUGGGUAUGGUGUGCCAGGUGGAGGUGCUUAUUACAGUGCUUCAAAUCCCGAUGCCCCGAUCUCCAAGACAAGUACAAUCACUGGUCACAGAACAAAUCAACAUGGUACAGACCAUAAUGGGGGUUCCGAACAUAAUUCUGUUGGUAAAGAGUUGCCUGAGUACCUCAAGCAGAAGUUGAAGGCUCGAGGUAUUCUGAAAGAUGAUUCAAAAGUAGAGAACCAUGCCAUAUCAAGCAAUAGCUCAAAGGCACAGUUAUCAAAGACACCAGAUGCCAAUUUGCCUGUGGGAUGGAUUGAAGCCAGGGACCCUACAAGUGGUGCUUUAUAUUAUUAUAAUGAAGGUUCUGGGAAAAGUCAAUGGGAAAGACCUAUUGAGGCUCCUGCAUUAGUUGCCAGGGUGUGCUCGGGACUUCCUGAAUAUUGGCGGGAAGUUCUUGAUGAAUCAACCGGUCAAAAGUAUUACUAUAACUCACAGACGAAUGUAUCACAAUGGGAACAUCCUUCUAAACCACAGCAGGUUGCCAUUCAUCACCAUGAUAGAGCAGUUGCCAGCAAUGCAACUAAUGUAACUUGGGUUGACCAAGCUUCCACAAUCCAGAGAUGCAUUGAAUGUGGUGGGUGGGGUGUGGGCCUUGUACAGUCAUGGGGUUAUUGCAAACAUUGCACUCGAGUUCUCAAGCUUCCUCAAAGCCAGUAUCUGUCAGCAUAUGUGGAGAGACAACAGCCAACUUCUGGCGAUGCAGGUGCCACAGAAGACCCUGAGAAAAAGUUUCAGACUCAGAGGUCCAGUUUCAAACCACCAAUGAGUAAAAGUAACAAAAAAGACAAACGGAAACGCACAUAUGAUGAAGAUGAUGAAUUGGAUCCCAUGGAUCCAAGCUCUUAUUCAGAUGCUCCUAGGGGUGGUUGGGUUGUAGGUCUCAAAGGAGUGCAACCACGGGCAGCAGAUACCACCGCAACGGGUCCUCUCUUUCAGCAGCGCCCUUACCCAUCUCCUGGAGCAGUCUUGCGUAAAAAUGCUGAAAUUGCUUCUCAAAGGAAAAAUCCUAAAUCGAAUUUUACCCCUAUAUCCAAGAGAGGUGAUGGUAGUGAUGGACUGGGUGACGCUGAUUGAAGAAUUUAAGCUACUGUGUUAUAUUUAUUUGCUUAAAAUGUGUUAGGCACAGUGACAUUUGCCAAUCCUCUUAAAGAUCAAUUGAACAAGAAAAUCAAGAGUGCUUAGUGCUUGGUCCCAGAAGCUCAUCGCGGAUGAUAGGACAGACGAUAGUGGUUCCGUUCUUGCUCUUCCUAUUCCAUACCAUAAACAGACACCUUUGGUUCAUCAACAUUGGCACUAGCAGCUCUACCCCCACCCACCAGCCCUUUAUGGAGUUAGUGGACCAGAACUCAGUUGCUGCACAUUUUAACUGUCAAAUCAAUUUUCUGUUUCAGGGAGGAUUCACAGAAAGGGAAGUUUUCCAGUUGAAGUUGCUAAAUGACCAGGCGCUAAACAUCACAUUCUAAUCGUAGAGGCUGUAAGUUCAGGCAUGGAUGGAUAUUCUUCUUGAUGUUCCUGACAUAAGCUGAAAAAGUCAUCCAAAAAUGCUAUAGUGCCUAAAUUAUUCUUUCUUUCUUCUUUUGUGUGUGUGUGAGAGAGAGAGAGAGAGAGAUAGAGAGAGGAGAGACUUCCAAACUUAAGAAACAGGGACUAUUUUAGGAGCAUAGGUCAGCCGCUGUAUAGAAAGCUAUUAGUUGUAAUCCUAUGUAUGUUUGACAUACGGUUUUUGUAACAAAGAGUAUGAGUAGUCGAGAAAGAGAUGUCAUGAAAAGUACAUGUUAAUUAAUCAUGAUUAAGUAAAAGAACUCUAUAUCCAAACAAAUGGCAUGCAUAUAUUGGUUUGAUGUAAA